AUGCAGGAUCGACUAAAAGCAGUGGAAGGUACGCGGAGGCGUACCUCUUCCAUUGGUCAUAUUGGAUUAGGAGAUACUACUCCCGGUCUAUCUACGAUGCCCGAAACUACGGCGUCAAAAAUGGCUGCGAAAGCUCGUCGAAGAGCUUUAUCUGGUACCUCAGAAGAAGAAAUUGGGAGUUUCAAGAGGAUUUGGUUGAACUAUAGGGAGCUGACUUACCGCCAUUCUUGGUUGAGUCCGUUGGUAAUUUUGGUGCUUGUUUACACAUUUUAUUUCACUUCUGGUAACAAGACUGAAUCUAAUUUUCUUCAUAUGUUUGUUUCGAUAUCUUAUAAAGAUAAGAAUUCGAACAUGUAUGGCAAAGGUAUCAAGGAUUUAUGUUUUGUGUUCUAUUAUAUGAUCUUUUUCACAUUCUUACGUGAAUUUAUGAUGGAGGUAUUUUUACGUCCUAUGACGUUAUGGUUGGGUAUUACUAGUAAGCAUAAGAUGAGAAGAAUGAUGGAGCAGGCAUAUUCUACCUUUUAUUAUGGCCUAUCAGGGCCAUUCGGUCUGUAUAUCAUGUAUCACACUGACUUAUGGUUAUUUGAAACUGCAGCGAUGUACAAGACUAUGCCUGAUUUAAAGAAUGAAUAUUUAUACAAGAUAUUUUAUCUUGGCCAAGCAGCAUUUUGGGCUCAGCAAGCAUGUAUUUUAGUCUUACAGGUCGAAAAACCACGGAAGGAUUUUAAGGAGUUGGUAUUUCACCAUAUUGUGACAUUAGCACUAAUUUCACUUUCUUAUUCAUUCCACUUUACGAAGAUGGGACUUGCUGUAUAUAUUACCAUGGAUGUCUCAGAUUUCUUCCUUGCAGUAUCUAAAAUUUUAAAUUAUUUGGAUUCUAUUUUGACACCCCCAUUCUUUUUAUUAUUUGUAAGUUCAUGGGUAUACUUGAGACAUUACACCAACCUCAGGAUUUUGUGGUCAAUACUAACCGAGUUCCGUACCGUAGGCGACUUCACUUUGAAUUUUGCAACCCAGCAAUACAAGUGUUGGAUUUCAUUACCUAUUGUUUUCUUUUUGCUACUCUGUCUACAGCUUGUUAACCUCUAUUGGUUGUUUUUAAUUAUAAGAAUUUUGUACCGCAUGAUAGUCCAAGGUGUUCAGAAAGAUGAGAGAAGUGACAGUGAGUCCGAAGAUUCACCAGAGGAGUUGGGAAACAAGAAAAGACAAUGA